UAUAGGUAGAUUAAUAAUUAAUUAAGGCAAUUUCAUUAUAAUAUAUCAGUAUAAGAUAAAAUUUGCCGUCUUUGGCCGGCUUUGUCACUUGUUAUAAGGUUUAAUUAACAUCACAACCAUUUCUUUCUUUCUCUCUAGCAUUGCAUGAUCAUUGAUUUAUGGCAGAUAAUGAGAGCGAUCCUACUUCCAAUCACAAGGUUAUUUUCCAAAUUAUUAUCGCAGUUUCAGCUGCAUUUGUUGUUUCUUCACUCUACCGUCUCAUAGCCAUUUGUUUGUGUCACCGAGGAAGUACAACAACAGAUCAAAACCGACUACAACCACCAAAUCACGCUGCGCUACCUAGCCUUGUCGAAAGGACAACCUCAUCAGUAGGUCUAGCACACCGAAUUCCGACACACAAGUACCACAAGAGAAAUAAAGGUGACGUUGUAUCGGAUGAUGAAGGCGGUACCUGCGCAGUAUGUUUGGGAGAUUUUGAGGAGGGUGAGGAGUUGAAGACUAUGCCAGAGUGCUUGCACUCUUUUCAUGUACAUUGUAUUGACAUGUGGCUCCGUUCACAUAUGAGUUGCCCUAUUUGUCGCGCCGGUGCCGGUGCCGGUGCUGCCCCUUUGCCGACAGCGAGUGCAAAUCAUCACAGCAUAGAUAUGAAUAUGGUUCCACUUGGUCCUGUCAUGCAAAGUGGAUUGUUGCGAUGGUGAGAUUUUGAUAAUGGUGA